AUGGGGAAGAAGAAUUUGGCAGCAGUUGCAGUGGUCGCAAUUGUAACAAUGUUAUCCCUGCAAGCUUCCCAAGCAUAUCUGUUGAAGGAGAAAAUAAGUCACUUGCAAUUCUAUUUCCAUGAUAAAGUUGAGGGAAAAAAUGUGACGGCCGUGCUGGUGGCGUCUGCUCCAACGACUAACACGUCGUCUACUUUCUUUGGAGGAGUAGUGGUGAUUGACGACCUGUUGACGGAAGGGCCUGAGCCCACCUCCAAAUUGGUGGGCAGAGCUCAGGGUUUGUACGCCGCUGCCGGCCAAGAGGAACUUCGGCUGCUUAUGGCGGUCACCUAUGUUUUUCAGGGCGGAAAGUUCAAUGGCAGUACACUCUCCGUGGUGGGCAACAACGCCGUGUUUAACAAAGUUAGAGAGAUGCCGAUUGUGGGAGGAAGUGGGAAAUUCAGGUUGGCUCGAGGAUAUGCCCUCGCCCAAACUCACUUCUUCGACCUCAAAUCUGGAAAUGCAAUCGUUCAUUACAAUGUCACCGUGUACCAUUACUGA